AUGACCACUUCUAAACUGGAUACUGGUUAUGUUAAACUACAAGUGUGUUCAGUCGAGGAUGAUGAUCCAGCGAGUGAGAGCGGUGAUCGUCGUCAAAAAGUUGAAUCAUUUGAAUCUGAAUUAAAACAAUCAGCAGGUGCUAUGAAUUUAUCAUUUAUUAUUCGCGACGAAGACCAUACAUUGGGCAAUUCAUUACGUUAUGUUAUUAUGAAAAAUCCUGAAGUUGAUUUUUGUGGCUAUACUGUACCUCAUCCAUCUGAAAAUAAAAUUAAUUUUCGAAUACAAACGAAGGGCAAUGUUCCAGCUGUUGAUGUAUUUCGAAAAGGACUUGUUGAUCUUAAACAAAUGUGUUCGAUUGUCAUGGAAAAAUAUCAAGAAGCUGUUGAACAAUAUCAGCAUGAUCAAAAAAUGGAAACAACUUGA